AUGGCUCCAAGCAUGGUGUGGGGACUUGGCCUCAUGCAGGCUGCUAUCGGCAUUGCCCUGAUCGCGCUGACUCUCGGAUCGGCGAUGAGUAGCGCGGCGGCGACGCGCAACGACGGCGUGCUCGGGCACCGCGAGCUCGAUCGCCCCAUCUGCGCCACGGCUCUGGCAUGGACGGUCGGAGCAGGCCUUGUGGCCAUGAUGGCUCCGUUGGCUGCCCUGGUCUGGCUGAGCGCGGCCAUAGUGGCGGCAACGGCAAACGUGCCGGCGACCGUCAGCGUCACUGGUCGUGACAUCGCCGCGACCGUACUCCUUGCUGCCGCAGUACUCCAGGGCAUCGCCGCCCAGCUUGCGAUCUGCUCCGCCGGAGCUCCGGCGGCGCCGCAGCGCGUCGACAAAGAUCUGCUCCUUGUCGCCGAUCCUGCAGCCGCCAGCAGGUCGUGCUCAGCAUCCGAUGCCGAAAACGGAUCAUCGGCAACUGUCAACCGCCACUCGGCCCCGUCGCACUCGCCCGCUUCCGUCUCCGGAUCCGGGACGGACUCGCUUUGCCUCGAGUCGCUCUCGUCGGAAGAUCUCGACUCGGCCUCGGCCGAACUUGCCGCGCCAACGCAAGCUGGCGCAUUGCCCGCCACACGCGCCGCUCCAUCGCCGACCCGCAUGCACUCGGGUCGUCGCGGAAAGGUCCAUCCUUUAGCGCGGAGUGCCACAGCCCGCGACGGCAGCGCCUCAAGUGGGUUUGGGGCAUGCGUCCGUGACGAGCUCCGGGCCAAGUUCGGGGUGGAGGCCAUGGCCACGCCGUCGCCGGGACAUUUGCUGGUCGAGCUGGAGCACGAGUGGCCGACGGCAGACGAGCUGCUUGCACUGGUUCGGUUGCGGUCAGUCGUGGACGUUAUGGUUUUGGUGGAGAUGACGGAUGGUGUGCCGUUCUUCCGCUCUGAGGAGGAAAUCGCUGCAGAGAAGGCUCGCAUUGCAGCGAUCCGUGCCGAGCUGCGGCAGGCCAAGCGUGAGGAGGUCGGCCGGACACAUCUCCGCGGGCAAGCCAAACAGGCGAUCAAAGCUGCCAUGAAGAAGCACAUUCGCAACGAUAACGAGCCAUCUCCGGCCGAGCUGGUGGCGUACUUUGGCGGCCUCAUGGACUCGGGAUGGGCGCCGCGGCUCGGCGCAGCGCUGGGCGUCAUCGGCCGGCUCGCCAUCGACGACUGGUCCUGCGGCCGCGAAGCGUACCCUGAGAUGGCGCGCGAGGACGAGGAGAAGGUCCGGGCGCUGGCCGCGCAGGUCCAGGCGUCGGAACAGGCUCAAGCCGGGGAGCUGGCGGCCUGGGCCGAGCUCGAUCUGACGUUCAAGAUCUCGGCGCACCGGGCCGGAACCAAGACGAGCCACACCGCGUCAUCGCAGCAGCUCUCGGCGAGCUGGGGGAGCGUCAUGUGUGAUGCUUGCCCCGGUUGGAAGGCUUCGAUGCUGGAGCAUCUGAUCGAGCUCGAGGUCUUUGUCUUUCGCGACUGGAUGUGCAUGGCGGUGCCGCUUCUCCCGCCGCGGACGCGACUUGUUCAGUCGCGGGUGGCCGAGCCGCUCGACGACACGGCGCAAGGCUCCUCGCUUCAACCAUCUGUCGCGUACGGGCUCAUUGAUGCACUCGGCCCGCUACCGCACGGCGCGGUGGUGGUUGACGUCACCGGCGGCGCUGGCAUUAUUGCGCUCGAGGGCGCAUCAUCGGCAGCGUCGGCGGAUGCGGUCUUUGUCUCUGGCGAGCUUGCUCGCGUCAACUGCGAGACGGCACUGAGCAAUCGCGAUGAGCUGGCGGCUGGGCGAAUCCGCGAUGACGACCCGCCGCAGUUUGGCGCGGCCGAGUUGGUCCAGUGGGACGCGAGCAUGCUGCCGCUGCGCAGCGCGACAAUCGACGGCGUCAUCGCCGAUCUGCCGUUUGGCCACCGGUGCGGGCGGACGUCGCAACUCCGAGGCAUGUACGUCAAGCUCGUGGGUGAGCUUGCGCGGGUGCUGGUGCCUGGUACCGGGCGUGCGGUUCUUUUCACGCCGCAGUUCAAGCUGCUGGUGCCUGCGCUUGCACGCUCGCCUGCAGCCGUUGUCGGCCUGAUGGUGGUUUCCAUGCACGCGGUGAACUUGUCGAACAUGAUGCCGUUUGUGGUUGUCGUGCAAGCUGUCAGCUCGGCUGACGACGUGGCGGCGGCAACAGCUGCGGCGCCGCCGGCGUCGGCGCCCUGGCUGGCGCAAGUGGCAUCCGCCGAGACGCGCGACGAGCGGGCCAAGGUCCUGCAGGCGUGGGCCAAGGCCGAGCGUAAGGCGAUGACCGAGCUCUUUACGCCGCCUAUGGUGUGCUUCAUUGACUUUGACACGCUGGUGGCGCCACGAUGGGCCGUAGUGGCCGGAGUGGUGGCACAAGCCAUGAUCAGCCUUGUACUCAUCGGUCUCACCCUCGAGUCUGCCCUGUCGUCCGGAAGCGGCGACGACCGCGGGCGGCUGCUGCGGCUGGCUGUGGUCGCCGAGCUCGUCCCACUUCUCGUCUUGGUCUUCCUCCUCUCGUUGCUAGUGAGCGAGCUGGUCACGAGUCCGGGCAAGGGCGUGGCCAAAGCGUCGGACAACGCACUUGCCGGCAUUUUGGCAGCUGCAGUGGUGCAGGGCCUAGCUACGGUGGCGGCCGUCAUCGGUUUCCGCAAUCACGUCUCGCUCGCAAACGUAGUCUCGCGCGGCGAGCGGAUCAUGGCCACCACCGAUAGUGAGUGUGCGGAAAAGUCGGUGGCGAUCUACACAGAUGUUGGGCUGCAAGAGCUCGCCAGUAAGGGCGGUGACUCGACGUCAUCCACAGCGUCGUCGUCGUCAUCGGCGUCGUCGUCAGCGGCGGCGGCAGAGUCGUUGCAGCUGCUCGGACCAGGCGGUGUGCCUCCGCCUCCCAUGGGCGUGGCGACCGCUCAGUCGUUGCAGCGGCUGCAGGGCGAGAUUUUUGAGCUCAACACAGCCGAGCGGGCGCAUGUGGCGGCCGGCGAGCAGGUCGGACUGGCGACGGCGCAGUCGUUGCAGCGGCUGCAGGGCGAGAUCUUUGAACUCAACACAGCCGAGCGGGCGCAUGUGGCGGCCGGCGAGCAGGUCGGACUGGCGACGGCGCAGUCGUUGCAGCGGCUGCAGGGCGAGAUCUUUGAACUCAACACAGCCGAGCGGGCGCAUGUGGCGGCCGGCGAGCAGGUCGGACUGGCGACGGCGCAGUCGUUGCAGCGGCUGCAGGGCGAGAUCUUUGAGCUCAACACAGCCGAGCGGGCGCAUGUGGCCGCCGGUCGCCGGCGCCGUAUUAGCUCGUCCGACGAGGUGGUCAUUGCAGACGAUGCAUACGCAGACCUCACCAUGAUGAGCACGUCGUACCUUGAAUCGACCGGCCGCGAGUCGCACGGGACCGGUUCCGGCGCAAUGCUGAUUGGAUCGAUCGAGCCGGCGUACAACAGCACGGUCGGUUCGGGCGUGGACUCGCAGUACGCGUUUGGCCCGCCAACUAUGGAGCUGCUUACUGCCGAAGUGCCUGUGAGUGUUGCGUACGACGCGAGCAGUAGCAGCGGGUAA